AUGUCUACAAGUGGCAGAUUACGGUUGAGCGACUUCAAAGAUUUGGAAGAAAUCGGUCGGGGCGGGUUUGGUAUUGUUUAUGCUGCAACACAUCCUAAUGGAGAGCGUAUUGCCCUUAAGAAGAUUUGUUCACGAGCGGCGGCUGAACGAAUAAAGGGGGAGAUUCGUGCGAUAAGAUGCAUGCGGCAUCCUAAUAUUGUUCAGUUCUUCGAAGAUUUCAUGGAUGGUAGUGAUACGUAUGUAGUAAUGGAAUUAUGUGAGCUUGGGUCGAUGCGAUCAUAUGUGAAGAAGAAUGGACCAUUAAGCGAUCGAGCGGCAGCGUAUGUGCUGAGACAGAUCAUAAGUGCCGUGAAGUAUAUGCAUCGAGAAGAUGUUCUGCAUCGAGAUCUUUCUACUGGAAAUGUUUUGAUUAGUAGGAUUUUCUCACCUGAGAAGAUAUCUGUGAAACUAUGUGAUUUUGGCCUUGCAACUCAUCUUCGGAAAGGGGAGACCGCCUGCACAGUGGUAGGCACACCUGGCUACAUUGCACCUCAGGUCUUCAAACAGGAGUAUGAUCAAGCGGCAGACGUUUACUCGUUAGGUGGAGUUUUGUACACAAUGCUAACUGGCAGUGAUCCUCCUUCAAAAGGUCCACUGCGCUUCGAUGGCCUUGGAAUCUCGGCCGUUGAAUUGAUCGAACGCAUGAUGGAGCCGGACGCCGGCAAGCGGAUAUCUCUGAAUGAUAUCCAACAGUCGACUUUCAUGAUUGAUUAUUGCGAUAACGCUUCAAUAUCAAGGGAGUGGUCGGCUUUGGGUGAUCGCGGUUCAGCUCGCUCUCGUGAGCGGCGACAUUCGCGAGAGUUUUCGAAAGAGCGGCGAAGCGGUUACGAAAGGUCUAGGGAACGUGUACGUAACGACGAAUCCCGCCCGCGAAGAGCUACUAGCAACCCUCCGAUCGCCAGCGGACGUCCUAAACUUGUAACUGGCGGAGGCGACAGCGGAAUCGACACGAGAAGCGGAGAGCGUAGAGGUGUUCGCUGGAGCUCUACGCGCAGUGCAGGUUCAUAUACCGCAACUACACAGCCCCGUAAUGAUGGUGAACCAAUAUGGCCGUUGCCUAUUCGCAGAUGCGGAGGAACCAAAUUGCUCUCCGCUGCAGGACGGUACGUUAUCGUGGACGAUAACCUGGUGGUAUUUGAAGUGGCAAAUAAGAGCGGUUUCAUCGCGAAAAUUGUAACAGUUUCCAUCGAUGAUCAUGGCAAGCAACAGGUUACGUUCGGUAGGCCAAUGCAUCCAGAAAUAAGACGACCUCUAGAAAAUGAUAACCUGAUAGCAAAGGAUCGUAGGCAUGAGUCCUUGCCAUUGACAAGGUGA